AUGGCUGACGGUGUUUUCCAAGGUGCUAUCGGUAUCGAUUUAGGUACAACCUAUUCUUGUGUUGCUACUUACGAAUCCUCUGUUGAAAUUAUUGCUAACGAACAAGGUAACAGAGUUACCCCAUCCUUCGUUGCUUUCACUCCAGAAGAAAGACUAAUUGGUGAUGCUGCUAAGAACCAAGCUGCUCUAAACCCAAAGAACACUGUUUUCGACGCUAAGCGUUUGAUCGGUAGAAGAUUCGAUGAAGAAUCUGUUCAAAACGAUAUGAAGACUUGGCCAUUCAAGGUUAUCGAUGUUUCCGGUAACCCAAUGAUCGAAGUUGAAUACUUAGGUGAAACCAAGACUUUCUCUCCACAAGAAAUCUCUUCUAUGGUCUUGAUCAAGAUGAAGGAAAUUGCUGAAGCUAAGAUUGGUAAGAAGGUCGAAAAGGCUGUUAUCACUGUCCCAGCUUAUUUCAACGAUGCUCAAAGACAAGCUACUAAGGACGCUGGUUCCAUUUCUGGUCUAAACGUUCUAAGAAUUAUCAACGAACCUACCGCUGCUGCCAUUGCUUACGGUCUAGGUGCUGGUAAGUCUGACAAGGAAAGACAUGUCCUAAUUUUCGAUUUAGGUGGUGGUACUUUCGAUGUCUCCCUUCUACACAUUGCUGGUGGUGUUUACACUGUUAAGUCCACUUCCGGUAACACCCAUCUUGGUGGUCAAGAUUUCGAUACCAACUUGCUAGAACAUUUCAAGGGUGAAUUCAAGAAGAAGACUGGUCUAGAUAUCUCUAACGAUGCUAGAGCUCUAAGAAGAUUAAGAACUGCUGCUGAAAGAGCUAAGAGAACUCUAUCUUCUGUCACUCAAACUACUGUUGAAGUUGACUCUCUAUUUGAUGGUGAAGAUUUCGAAGCUUCUCUAACCAGAGCCAGAUUCGAAGAUCUAAACGCUGCUCUAUUCAAGUCUACUCUAGAACCAGUUGAACAAGUUCUAAAGGAUGCUAAGAUUGCUAAGUCUCAAAUUGACGAAGUUGUCCUAGUUGGUGGUUCUACCAGAAUUCCAAAGGUCCAAAAGCUAUUGUCUGACUACUUCGACGGUAAGCAAUUAGAAAAAUCUAUUAACCCAGAUGAAGCUGUUGCUUACGGUGCUGCUGUUCAAGGUGCUAUCUUAACCGGUCAAUCUACUUCCGAUGAAACCAAGGAUCUAUUAUUGUUGGAUGUUGCUCCAUUAUCUCUAGGUGUUGGUAUGCAAGGUGACAUUUUCGGUGUUGUUGUUCCAAGAAACACUACUGUUCCAACUAUUAAGAGAAGAACUUUCACCACUGUUGGUGACAAUCAAACCACCGUUCAAUUCCCAGUCUACCAAGGUGAACGUGUUAACUGUAAAGAAAACACUCUACUUGGUGAAUUCGACUUGAAGGGUAUUCCAAUGAUGCCAGCUGGUGAACCAGUUCUAGAAGCUAUCUUCGAAGUUGAUGCUAAUGGUAUUCUAAAGGUUACCGCUGUUGAAAAGUCCACUGGUAAGACCGCCAAUAUCACAAUCUCCAACGCUGUUGGUAGAUUAUCUUCCGAAGAUAUCGAAAAGAUGGUCAACCAAGCUGAAGAAUUCAAGGCUGCUGAUGAAGCUUUCGCCAAGAAGCACGAAGCUAGACAAAGACUAGAAUCUUACGUUGCUUCCAUUGAACAAAACGUCACUGACCCAGUCCUAUCUUCCAAGUUAAAGAGAAACGCCAAGACUAAGAUCGAAGCUGCUCUAACUGAAGCUAUGGCUGCUCUAUCUGUUGAAGAUGCUUCCACUGAUGACCUAAGAAAGGCCGAAGUCGGUCUAAAGAGAGUUGUCACCAAGGCUAUGUCUUCUCGUUAA